AUGUCAGCAGAGAAACCCGGUGUCACAGUGUUAGCAUCUUCCAUUGCUGAACGGUAUGUUGGAGAGAUAGCAGCAAAGGUGGAGAAGCUUAAGGCGUCUUCUAGACCGCAAGGCCCUUUGCUGGUGGGGUUUCUGGCAAAUGAUGAUCCUGCCGCAGCAAUGUAUGCUUCAUGGACGGAGAAGACGUGCAAGUCGCUGGGGUUCCGUUACGAACUAAGGAAGAUAGAAGACAAGGAUUUCUUGGAGGAGGCGAUUAUUGUUGCCAACAUGGAUGAUAGUGUGGAUGGUAUUAUGGUUUAUUUUCCUGUAUUUGGAAAUGCUCAGGAUCAGUAUCUUCAGCAGGUGGUUGCCAGAGAGAAGGACGUUGAAGGUUUGAACCAUGUGUACUAUCAAAACCUGUACCACAACAUUAGAUAUCUGGACGGAGGCCAGCAGUUGAAGUCCGUGCUUCCAUGUACACCUUUGGCCGUGGUUAAGAUCCUGGAAUAUUUGAAGGUCUAUAACACGCUGUUGCCGGAGGGAAACAGAUUAUACGGCAAAAAGUGUGUGGUUGUUAAUCGAUCAGAAAUUGUGGGAAGGCCGUUGGCUGCCUUGCUAGCCAACGAUGGUGCCACUGUUUACUCUGUGGACAUUAAUAAUAUCCAAAAGUUUACACGAGGAGAAGGGUUGAAGUUCUCGAAACAUCAGGUAAAAGACAUAGGAGAUUACUCCGAUGGGCUACUACAAGAAUGCUGCAAGGACGCCGAUGUGUUAAUCACUGGCGUGCCCUCUGCGAAUUACAAAUUCCCCACAGAGUACAUCAGGGAUGGUGCAGUUUGUAUAAACUUUUCUUCCCACAAGAAUUUUGACGACUCUGUGAAAACCAGAGCAUCCUUGUAUGUUCCAACUACCGGGAAAGUUACUAUCUCAAUGCUUCUGCGCAACAUGCUGCGGUUAAUCGAGAACAGCCAGAAAUUGAAGGGAAGCAAAUAA